CCAACUGGUCCCAGUACAGAAACGGACAAGGAAAGUUCAUGCCAGAAGACGUGGACCCCAAUCUGUGCACUCAUCUCAUCUACUCCUUCGCCAAAAUGACCAAUGACAAACUGGCAGCCUUCGAGUGGAACGACGAGGACACGUCGUGGUCUACAGGCAUGUACCAUCGAUUCACCGACUUGAAAAAGCAGAAUCCUCAGCUGAAGACCAUGAUCGCUGUUGGCGGCUGGAACAUGGGCUCGGCUCCUUUCGUCCACAUGGUUUCCACGGCGGAAACAAGGAAAGUUUUCAUCGACGACGCUAUUAAGUUCCUCAGGUCUCACAAUUUCGAUGGCCUUGAUUUGGACAACCCAGUGUUUCUUGACCAAGCUGACAUACUUUACAGUGACUGUGAAGUGUGUAGAAAGAUGUGCAAUGAACUGGCUGACGCCUUCGCACAAGAAGCAGCUACUUCUGGCAAACCUCGACUCCUUCUCUCAGCCGCUGUCGCUGCCGGAAAGGACAAAAUAGAAACAGCUUACGAAAUCCCUGAACUGGCCAAGAGUCUUGACAUGUUCAACGUGAUGACCUAUGACUUCCACGGAUCCUGGGACAAGAAGACAGGACACAACAGUCCUCUGUUCGCCCACCCUGGCGAUACUGGAGUACAGGCUGAUUAUAACAUUGCGGCAGUUUCUUUCAAAACUAUUUUUCUUUCACCUCUAUGUUAUGGACAGAUUUGCGAUGAGUUGAAGUCUGGAGGCGUCGUGAAGACGAUCAAAGAACAACAAGUGCCGUACAUGGUCAAGGGAAACGAGUGGAUUGGCUUUGACAACGAAGAGAGCCUGAGAAACAAGGUGGACUAUGUACUUGAUCAUGGAAUCGGAGGAGUUAUGUUCUGGGCUCUAGAUCUGGACGACUUCAAAGGGCUUUCCUGUGGAAAAGGCAAAUAUCCACUGAUCAACGCAGUCAAAGAUGAGUGUGCUAACCCGUCAUCGGGAGAACAGGGCGGAGUUCUGUCAAUGCUGCUAUUGAGAUUGCCUGGUGCUCUGCUGAUCUUCCUGAUGAGCUUAUUACACAUUCUUUCUCAUAUGCGAGUGUGCUACUACACCAACUGGUCCCAGUACAGAAACGCACAAGGCAAGUUCAUGCCAGAAGACGUGGACCCCAAUCUGUGCACUCAUCUCAUCUACUCCUUCGCCAAAAUGACCAAUGACAAACUGGCAGCCUUUGAGUGGAACGACGAGGACACUUCGUGGUCUACAGGCAUGUACCAUCGAUUCACCGACUUGAAAAAGCAGAAUCCUCAGCUGAAGACCAUGAUCGCUGUGGGCGGCUGGAACAUGGGCUCGGCUCCUUUCGUGCACAUGGUGGCCACUGCAGCUACUAGGAAAACGUUCAUUGACGACACAAUCAAGUUCCUCCGGUCUCACAAUUUUGACGGCCUUGAUUUGGACUGGGAAUAUCCAGGAGCCAGAGGAAGUCCUGCCGAGGACAAGCAUAGGUUCACGUUGUUGGUUCAGGAACUGGCUGACGCCUUCGCAAAAGAAGCGGCUACUUCUGGCAAACCCCGACUCCUUCUCUCAGCUGCUGUCGCUGCCGGAAAGGACAAAAUAGAAACAGCUUAUGAAAUCCCAGAACUGGCCAAGAGUCUUGACAUGUUCAACGUGAUGACCUAUGACUUCCACGGAUCCUGGGACAAGAAGACAGGACACAACAGUCCUCUGUACGCCCACCCUGGCGAUACUGGAAUACAGGCUAAUUACAACAUAGUAGACCCAAACACAAAAUUUCUCAACAGUAAAAAGUUUUUAAAAAAAAGAUUCCUCAAAUUAAUGUGUACCUUAUUUUUUUCUUUUCUCUAUCUGACACACUUGAUUCCCUUCUUAAUUUGUUCACAUAAUUUAUUUCCCCAGGACUCAGCUAUCAAAUACUACAUUCAACACGGAGCUCCUAAAGAGAAAAUUAACGUUGGCUUGGCCACCUACGGUCGUAAUUUUAUCCUGGCUGACCCCAGCAAAAGUAAUGUUAACGACCCCAUCAAUGGGGCUGGCCCUCCCGGGAGAUACAGCGGAGAGGCGGGGUUCAAAGCUUAUUAUGAGAUUUGCGACGAGUUGAAGUCUGGAGGCGUCGUGAAGACGAUCAAAGAGCAACAAGUGCCGUACAUGGUCAAGGGAAACGAGUGGAUUGGCUUUGACAACGAAGAGAGCCUGAGAAACAAAGUGGACUAUGUACUUGAUCAAGGAAUCGGAGGAGUUAUGUUCUGGGCGCUAGAUCUGGACGAUUUCAAAGGGCAGUCCUGUGGAAAAGGCCCCUACCCCCUGAUUAACGCAGUCAAGGAUGAGUGUGCUAAACCUUCAGCGGGAGGACAGGGGUAAAGUAUUUGCUUAUUAUUUACUUUAUCCAUAGCAAUAGUGGGUACCUGACUUCGAGUUGUGAAAGUAAAGGCGUCGUGGAAAGGAACUGGCCACUCUACCACAAUAUGCGAAGGCACAGGAAGUUGUCUCACUAACAAGACAGUCCUUAAUGUCCGGAUCGGUUGCGGGAACAACAUUACCUUUUUACUUUAUCUAUAGCAUAGAGGGGAGAAAGAGCUUUCGAUCUCUGACUAGCAGAUGAUCUGGUUGGAUGGGAUGUUAUGGAUCUUCAGGGCAUCCUUCACACUCUCAAUCCAGGUCUUCCUCGAAUUUCCCCUUGCUUUGUAUCCUGAUAUUCUUUUGCUGUGCGCUUUACUGGCAAGCUGGCGAGGUGCUUCACGUGUCCGUUGUCCAAACCACCUGAUUGUUUGCCUGAAUGUAGAGGAGGACAGGGUGUUGUUCACAUCAUUUCUUAGAUCUUGGUGUUCUGAUCAUGAGCCAUUUGGAUUUGUUGACGGCUCUCCUCCAACAUCUCAUCACACAAGUAGUUAUCUUGUGUUCCAGACUUUAGGUCAAGGUACAUGUCUAGCAUUGAUAGGUCAAGGUGAAGAUAAGGAGAGAGUCAACGAGCUUGACCUUGGUCUUAAUGGGGAUGUUAGGAUGUUUGAGGAGUGGGGUAAGCUGGUAGCUGACGCUGUUAGCCUUCUGUAUUCUCGUCUGACUUGUUUUAGCGGAGUUCUGUCAAUGUUGAUAUUGAGGUUUCCUGGUGUUCUGCUGAUAUUCAUGUUGAGUUUUUCACACUGUGUGUUCAGACAGUCGGUGUGCUCUUGAAGCUGCUCUUCUUUCUCGUAUGCAAGGCUUUGGUCGUCUGCAAACGGCAUCUCACUCAGGUUUUUCUGGUUGUGGUCAGCUACUGUAGCCCUCUAAAGGUAAAACAGUUUGGGAUGUUGGUUUGCUUUCAUCCGCGCCACUUUGAACUAACACUGGAGAGCGGACGCUCACACUUUUUACAAGUGGAACUGGAAAGUAAUGGCUAAAU